AUGGAUUAUGAUAAAUUGUACACGAGAAUUAAAAAGUACCCUCAAAAAUGGGGAUUGUAAGAAGUAGAAACUUGGUUGGCAAUAACUGGACUCUCAGAAUUUUAAUUCAAAUUCGUUUCAAAUUAAAUAGAUGGUGCUCUCUUAUCGGCCCUUGAAGAAAGCGACCUGAUUGAAAUAGGAAUAGAUGAGAAAUCUGAAAAAUUCCCAAUUUUAAUCCAAUGGAUUAAAUAAGGUCUAAAAGAUUACUCAUAUUUUCUUAAAGAUAAACUGCAUUAAGAGUAUAUCCUUUAGGGAACAACAGAAGAUGAUCUGAGCAUAACAAAAUGCUAGCGUUCUUCAUUGAUAGCAUCGUAGAAUUAUGAGAAAACUAUUUAAAAGGUUGUUACUUUCUAUUAAGAGGAAGGUGCAAUUAACGAGGUGUAACCAUUUUAAUAGGUGAGUCAAAAAUAUGAAUAAAAUCUGAAUGGACUCAUCUUAAUUUUAUAUCAAGAUCCUCCAAAAUAAUACCAUUUUCUUAAUUAAGAAAUAACAAUAGGAAGAAACUACGAUAAUACAAUCGUUUUAUCUGAAGAUUACAUAAGCAGACAACAUUGUAAAAUAACAUGGAAUUCAAACAACCAAGCAUUUUAUCUACAAGAUUUGGGUUCUACAUCAGGAACCUACAUUUUACUCAUUUAUCCAACUUUGUUAUAAGAAUAAUUUAUCAUAUAAAUGGGAUCUGCUUAAUAUAGAAUAGAGAGACUAGAUAUCCAAGGUGUGAAAUGUUCAGUACAGAUGAAGAUUGUUGAAGGCAAUAGAUUAGGGUUUACAUUUUGUUUUGAAUUAAUAAAAAAUUAGUCGAGUUUAUUAUUCGGCCGGAAUUAGUAGUUGUUUGCUAUGGAUCCUAAUUUGAGCAAUAUACAUGCACAAUUUCAAUUCAUCGAUGAUGGAUUAGUUAUUGAAGAUCAAGGUAGUAGAAAUGGUACUUGGUUGAGAUUGAGUGUUCCUUCAUAAGUUAGUGAACCAAUUAAAUUGAUAAAUGGAAGGAGAUUUAGAUUAGCUUAUGAGAAGGUUUUUGAAUGUGUUGUGAAUCAAAUUUGA